AUGUUUGCGGUCCUGGAAGAGGUGGUUGGUUGUGGCGGCAAUCUGCGUCGGAUAAGUCGUUAUAGGUCUACGCGGACACAGUUGAAGUUGAUUGUAGCGGAAUGUGUGAGUGGAAUCGUACACAUGGAGAUCGUGGUGCCGACGCGGGCUGAGAGCGACAAGGGUGAGCCACAUUGUUUGGAGCAUCUCUGUUUCAAGGGCAGCUCGAACUUCCCGGUUCCGGGGUUCCUGGAUUCGUAUUGUUGUUCUUGCUUGAGCAAUGGUACGAAUGCGUACACAGCAACCGACCGUACGGUAUACCAAGUGUCUAGUGCCAGUAGUCAAGGAUUGCAAAGGAUCAUCCCAGUUUUUUUGGAGCAUGUUCAUUUUCCCACUCUGACUUUGGAGGCUUUCAAGACUGAGGUAUUCCACGUUACACCAAGCUAUGAUAAUUCGGGUGUAGUCUUCUCCGAAAUGCAGACGGCUAUGACUGAACCGGCUGACGUUGCAUAUUAUCUGACGGCGAAACAUGCUUACCCUGAGGCAUCUGGUUACCGUUACAACACUGGGGGAGAUCCGAAAGCAAUUCCUUCACUGACCCUGGAUGAUGUCAAGAAGGUCCACCAGCAAUUCUACCAUGCCGCCAACACCACUGUGGUCAUCAUCGGAGAUGUCCGAGCAGAAGAUUUUAUAAAGGUGUUGGAGAAAUAUGAAGACACGUACUUAACACUGGCCCCUAAAGACGGGCCUGAAGUGCAACGACAUCUGGACCCUUGGUGCAACGAGAAGGAACCGGAAAUUCCGGUCGGGUUUGUGAGAGUUGAAAAGAUCGAGUCGGAGAACGAAUAUCAGGAUUCAUUCUGUUCCGUUUCCAUCCGCCAAAACUACGACUGGUUUGAUCUGGAAAAGCGCUUGGCCGUUGACAUUGUGUGCCAUUACUUGACGGAAGGACCGGCAGCACCGCUCAAUCACCGGUUUGUGGAAGGACCUGAGGCGUGUGCAGGCGCCAUAGACUAUACCAUGGACAACAUUAAGUGGCCGCUUGUGAACUACACCUUCACGGACGUGGACCCGUUGGAGUGUCCGAACGUUCCGGAGCUAAUUCGGCGUUGUCUUGACGGUCAUAUGCGACAGAAUUUUGAUUUUACUCGGCUUCGUAAUCUUGUUCAGAGAGAGAUGUGGAAGCACCAACUGAAUCUAGAGAGCCAGCCAGGCAAAACUAUUAAUGACAGACUAGUCAGUUAUUGCGUAAACUGCAACUAUGACGAACAUAAGAUCGCUGAAUGCCUCAAUGACCAGCAAUGCUAUGCCAAUCUGCUGGAGAAGUGGACCGAAGAGAAAUGGAGAAAUUUCAUUGAGACGUACUUUGAGAAAGUGCACUACUACACAGUAAUCGUGGAACCAAUCCGUGGCAGCUCCUCGCCUAGUGAGGAACCCGCCUCGGCUACUACCAAACCCGUUGCCUCAAAUGAGCCCUCAAAUGAGCCCUCAAAUGAGCCCCCUUCCACACAACAUCCACACCAGGUGGAGAAGGAUAGGUUGAAGAGGGAGGGUGUUGAGACAUUUGAUAUUGCGGCUAUCAGUGAUGACACCGAGAGGAAGAUAGAACUUCAAAACGCGCUGAGCAAAUAUGCCGACGAGCAUGGUGAGAUCAGUCUCAUGCAAGUCGACCAAUCCCGAAUACCGGCCCCUAAAGUUUCUUGUACGAAGGGUUCGAGUCCUGCGGAUACCAAGUACGACUGCCCCUUUGCAGGCUACAGACCGCAACUGCACAUGAGCGAUUACCCCUCCAGUUUUGUGACCUUGUCUGUGGCUGCCCAGUUCCCGGAUCUGGACAAGACGUUGGGAGACCUGGCAGAGGAGCUAAAGGGUAACUAUGCGGACUUUGAUUUGUAUGAAUACAUCCGAGAAACCCUGGACCAGGAUGGUCCCGAUGAUGAACCCUUAAUCAGUUUGUUGUUUGAUAACCCCUCGUGGGACGCCAAAUUUGACGUCGACGACGACGAGUACGAAUACGACGAUGAUGAUUUCUCAUCGGAACAUGACGGAACAACCGAUUCCCACAUCGGAGCUCACAGACAUGCAGCAACCGGGACAGGGCCGGGCGCAGGUGUAGGCCCAGGUCUAGGCGCAGGUCUAGGCCCAGGUCUAGGCGCAGGUCUAGGCGCAGGUGUAGGACGCAGAAUGGGGUCUUUGGACGCGGAAGAUGCGAGUUACAGCAAUAUGGUGGAGGAGGAGGAUUCGUCUACAACUUCCAGUUCGUCAUCAUCGGACGGCUUGUACUUUGAGGCGCGCGACUACGUGUUUUCUAGAACGCUAAACUGGGUUUUGAAGAAUCUGGAGGUGAAGCAUCUUUUGCACAUCGUGUGCAAGUGUUUAUUUAAGACCCAUUUGUUGCUGACUAAUGAGUGGCAGUCGAGUCUCAAGGCGCCUGUGGACUUAGUGGCUCCCGAGAUUGUCAUGGAAUACCUGAAUAAGGUGUGUGUGGAAUACAGCUCCUCCAACGGCUUUGAGACAUCGCACGCUUUCAAUGACUUAUUUACGCUACUGCUAAAGGUACCUUCGGACAAGUACGCCGAGGCGCUGACGUAUCUCAAAUGCGUGCUGGAAUGCACUGAUGUCCACAUCGACCGACUGGUUGUACUGGCCAAACAGGAAGUGUCUUAUCUGAAUGAUUGUCUUCGAUCCGGAAGUCCGAUAAUUUCGGACCUGCACGACUUAGCCAACUUCGGUACCAAGAGUAUAGUGACAAACCAGAGCUACCUUGUCCAGUGCUUAUUGCUGCGUACGGUGUUGACGUACACGGAGGUAUUCCAGCCGAUGGUUCAGUGGAUACUGCGUACGGUGUACGAGAAAAUCAGCGAAGGCCACUGCAUCAUAAGCGUGCAGGGAGACACAAAAGUGUUUGGCAGCCAUGAAGCGCUACACAAGACGCUCUGGCCUAAGUGGUUUAUUUCUGCGGGCGAGGAGCCGUACCCGCUGCCGCCUUUCCCGGCCAUUGCGGGUUUCAAGAAGCCAAACGCCAAGUUGUCGGUGAACUUGAAGCUGAAAGACAUCCAGGUAGGGCACGUGGAGAUUACUACGCCGCUACCGGCCUCCCUCAUCCCGGCGGCGGCUAGCAAUCCGUUCAGCCACGAAAUUUACCGCCACGACCACGUCUUGAACGUGGUCGAAGAGUACUUGAAGGCGACGGAAGGCCCCAUCUUCCAGCCGGUGAGAGACUCGGGCGCGGCCUACUCAGCCUCGAUGACCAUUGACGAAGAGAGUCGGUGCUUGCUCCUGAGUCUGAGUGACGCGUCGCAGCCGUCGUUGGCCCUGCAGAAAGCCCGCGAAAGCUUGCAAGAGCUACAGGCCAACUGUCGGCGCGUCCUCGAAACCGAGACAGCCAACAAAAUGGUCGUGGAAGUUUCCUUCCCCACAGUCGCGCACUUCGAACAAGCCAAGAGCUCUGCCCUUUACCUCAUGGUCAAGGACCUGGAAAGCGCCAGCCAAGUGGGCGAAGCACACCUGGAUAACUUCCUCCGAAGACUACCCAAUGAGUGGCUCUUCGAACGGGUCUCGGGAGUUACUUACCGCCAGUUCAUAGAACACAUAGAUACUCUCUGUACCGCCAUGCUCGACGAGACCCGGAUCUCGUUCGCAGCUGUCGCCCAGCCGCAGCAUGCCCAAGCACUGCAGCCAGAACCCGUGGACUACUACAGCACACUGGCUCAAGCACUCGUUAACGACGGAAUCAUAAACCAGAAGGACCCUCUUACACCUGAAAUGAAAGCGCUCGUUGUUAUGCUCAGAGUCCGCAUGGGCAUGAUCGCUGAUCUGGCCGAAGAUGAUGAGGAUGACUAUAGCGACAGUGCAAUGGAAGACGAGGAGGACUAUAACGAGGAGGAGUAUAACGAUGAAGACUCAACCCAGUUCGGGACGUGA